CUCUCUCAAGCGAACUCAAGCCAGAUGAACUAUCUACCACUUGCAUGUGACCCUCUUCUUGCCUUCAAUGUGACAACUAAGCCUGAGCCCUUUGAAUCUUCUCCAUCAAUGUCGUCUUCUACAGUUGCUGUUACUUCCGAAUCUGCGACUACUACCCCCAAUACUAUUGCGACCUCUGCGACCACGGCCAUCCUCAUCACCACCACACCUUGUGACACCAGUGCCACUGUCACAAAUGAAAUCUCCCCCAGCACAUCUGCAAACACAUUGAACAGUGUUAAUAGUAAUAAUAUCGUUGGCAGCACUGUGGCGACUACCUCUGGCAAGAGCGAUAUCUGCCAAGGCCUGCGACCAUCAUCGCCAUCAAACCAACUUGAGCAAACAACGGAUGGAUACCAACAGAACAAUUGGAUUGAUCAGAAUGAAUUAUCUCAACAGCACCACCACCAUCAUGCACAAUCAAGGGACUUCACCCUUCUCCCUCAGAAUCACCUUUCUACUUUCCAUACAACCUCUAACGACACCAACUUGGGCUGCCGGGCUAAUCAGUUGCAACAUCACUUGCUUCAACAGCAACAGCAACAACAACUACAAAUACCAACAACUUCGUCGUCGUCAUCACUUUCUUCAAUGCAGCAUCAACACCACCAACAGCUGUCCUGUUUAGGUCCUCUCGAUACUCAUGGUAUGCUUCAGCCGACCUCCCUCCUUACUACCACUUCGGCUGCUUCAAGUGGCAUCACUGGCGAGUUCUCAACCUUCUCACCCAUUAUGACCUCACAUACAACUAACAGUGCCUCCAGCAGCCCUUUUCUACUAGCAGCACCAACGCCAGACUCACAGCAAAUUGCUAUAGCUGGUAACCAUUUUAAUCUCUCCGAUGUGAACCUCGUUUCUGGAUCUACAGCGACCACCUCUGCUUCAGGCUCUCACUUAGGCUCUCACAUAACCCUUUCUGAGGAGCAAGUAGUGAUGAUGCAGCAACGACAUGUUCAGGCUCCCCAGCAGCAUCAUCACCAUCAACAGCAGCGUCAGUUGUCGAGUCAACCACAACACUUUACUUUAUCAUCACACCAACCACGAGAACAACAGCAAGGGACGCAAUCACAGUUCUCUAGUCCUAUUCACCAGGUUUAUCUGCAUCACACAGAUAAGUCAUUCGCAAAUCACUUCACCCAUCGCUAUUUAUUUUCUCGCAUUUCGAUAAAGCCCGACUUUUCUGGCACAGGAUUCAAUUCGCUUACUGAAGUGACUUGCCUUCUGCCCAGCUCCGAGAGUGGUUCCAACCAGCCAGGUCAGAUGACAUCUUGCCAACUGCAACCGCACUCCGUCACUCGUCUACGCAGACUUGGCAACAAGCGACCCGCCUCCAGGAAACUACGACACCAGUCUACUUCUAUCAUCUCAGCUGCGAUGCCUAGCCACGUAUCCAGUAAUCGGUCUCGACGGAGCAAGAAACGACCAAAGCGUCUCGUGCUAUCAAGAGUCAACCAAGGAACGGGAGAAGCGGGGGAGGAAGAGGAUGACGAUGAGGAGGAUGAAGAGGAUUCUGAAGGAAUCAUUGAGGAUGUAGUCAAUGCAGUCAAUGCAACCAGAGGCGUUUUGUUUGAGGAAGAAGAAGACGAUGGAGAGGAUGAAGAUGUGGAUGAAGAGGGAGAGAAGGAU